AUGGCGCAGCGCUCCGGAAAGAUCACUUUCUACGAGGGCAAGCACUUCACGGGGCGGAAGCUGGAAGUCUUCGGGGAGUGCGACAACUUUCAGGACCGAGGCUUCAUGAACAGGGUGAACUCCAUUCGCGUGGAGAGCGGGGCCUGGGUCUGCUUCGACCACCCCGACUUCCGGGGCCAGCAGUUCAUCCUGGAGCACGGCGACUACCCCGACUUCCUCCGCUGGAACGGCCACAAUGACCACAUGGGCUCCUGCCGGCCGGUAGGAAUGCAUGGGGAACACUUCCGCCUGGAAAUCUUCGAGGGCUGCAACUUCACGGGCCAGUGCCUGGAGUUCGUGGACGACUGCCCCUUCCUCCAGAGCCGGGGCUGGACCAAGAGCUGUGUCAACGCCAUCAAGGUGUACGGGGAUGGAGCGUGGGUCCUGUACGAGGAGCCCAACUACCGCGGCCGCAUGUACGUGGUGGAGAGGGGCGACUUCCGCGGCUUCGCCGACUGGGAGGCCCACAGCGCCCGCGUGCAGUCGCUCCGCAGGGUGGUCAACUUCUUCUAG